CAGUUACCUUCUCUUUCGUGGCAGGCAGGCGAGUCGAAGCAACUAACAAUUGUCUCUAGACGAUGGUACCAUCAAAGCCAGAUAAAGAAUCAAGUUCUGUUCAUCGAUGGGGGCAUCGAGUCCUUUUCUGACCGAUCGAUCAUUCAAGAUGUAUGUUUCACUUUUGGGCGUUAUAACUAUAUCAUUGCCAUUGACAUGAAUAUGUCAUGGGACUGGGAAUCGAACAUUACUGAAGCCGUCAUCAACAAAACCUUAGACUCUCCAACAGGUAAUCCUCCGCCCAAUAUACAGAAUGCUGCUCUCUUCAGAGGGCCAUCUCAGGAUUUGCAAGUAUACUUGUACGGAGGUAUAACACCCUCAGUCAAUCAAUCAUUCCCGGACUUGCAAUACCCAACAACCAAUCAGUACACACUAUGGGGAUUCAACACCGAAACUCAUACAUGGACACAGUAUGACCUAUUCUCUGAAGUCCCCGAGCGACCUAGUCAAGGUGCAGCAGCAGAAGCGUCUGAUUUGGGACUUGAAUUCUAUAUGAACGGGAUGAUCACGCAGUGGUCCUCACCGAGUACAAGUUAUCUUGGAAACCAGUCAUUGUUCCUAAGUGGGAUGGUCAUCCUUGACCUCAACACGAAGACGGUACCUUCGCUGAUAUCUUCUCUGGCAACGAACAGAUCCACAGACAUUGUCACGAAUGGCUAUCCUAGGGUGAGAGGUGGAAUUAUUUAUGUCCCAGGCUUGGGUCCUCAAGGGGUCCUAGUUACCGUUGGAGGCGCAAUUCAAAGCUCUGGAAGUCUAGACUUAGGUAACUUCUUUUCUCUAGUUUCGAUGGAUCAAGCCAAUAUCUUUGACGUAUCAACAGCUCUGCCUACCUACAAUGGGAGCGAUAAUGGAUGGUACACUCAGACUAUCAUUGGUACCACACCGGAGCCAAGGGUCGACUUUUGUCUGGUCCUUGCUUCAGCACCUGACAAUUCCAGUCACAACAUAUUUAUGUACGUCGGGCUACUAAGCCUUCUGGGUUGGGAUCCUAGUCAACAGAACAAAUACUUCGAUGAAAUAUGGGUAUUAUCACUUCCAUCAUUCACUUGGAUAGCGAUCUACAAUGGAACAUCCCCUCGAUUUGGGCAUACUUGCCACGCCGUCGGAAAUCGCCAAAUGAUCACAAUCGGUAGUGUUGACAACGUCAAUGCAGCGGACUACUGCGACUGGGAAUUCAAAUCAGUUGCUAUUUAUGACAUGACGGAUGGAGGCGGAUCUCGGAAUGGUUGGGGAAGCGUAUUUUCACCAUACGACGCACCGUAUCAAGUGAACGAUGUGAUAUCUGCUGCUAUUGGAGGCAACCUGAAUGGAAAUGCGACAAAGCUGCUUCCAAACGGGGGUUGGAGCAGCACUUUGAUCGCCCAUCUAUUCACUGGGACGGACAACCAAACAGCUCCAGUGGGUCUUGGAGGAAUGUCUACAACUACAAGGAGCUCACAUAUUGACCAUACGCCCAUCAUAGCUGGGACCGUUGGGGGAGCAGUUGCCCUAUUUCUCGUCGCUUUCUUGGCACUUUUAUGGAAACGCUACCGUGCAGCAAUCCUCAAGAAGCGUCAGCAGGAAAAUCAACAAGAGCAAUUCUUGAAGACAGAGCUACCUAACGGGCGAGAUCUCUCAACUCGGUUCUCAAGCAGCUGA